AUGAGUGGUCACCAUGAAAAGGCUCAGCGCUAUAUCGGCCUUCUCGAGGCAGCGCGCGUCGCCGGCAAUUGGGGCGAAUUCCCUGAGCUCAUAAGAAAAGUGACCAAACACGCCCCUGACCGGAAGUGCCUGAUCCAAACCGCAAAGCUCGAGUCCGACGUCGCCCAGUAUGCCCUCCCACCGAACCGAAGACCCGGUACAGCCACUACGAGCCAGCCGAUUGCGGACUCGCAAGUGGUCUCUCUCGAGUCCCAACUGCGCGCGACCGGGGCACCUUCUGAAGAGCUAGUGCAGGGUCAGACAUCUUUGCUUUGGGCGCGUUGGGUGGGAGUGUAUAAGACAGAACGUCCAGUUCCUGCCAUCACUUUCGAGCCUGUUCGCACAGCAGCCGAUGCUACCUCGCUGUGGACAAAGAUCUGUGUUGUGAAAGCCGUAUACGUCCGCGCGCUGCUAUACAUACAGAGCGGCGACACCAAGCGGGGCACCGAGCUCCUUGAGACUCUACUGCCAUGGCUCGACGCGAACCGGAGCCUUGUAGUGUCGACGCCGCAACUCCUCUACUGGGCACAACAGCUGCUGGCACGAGUAGCGCUGGGACAAAUGCAGUCAAUAGCCCCCGCCAGCCCAGUUGACCAUGAAUCUGCGUCCUUCAGGCUGCAAGCAUUCCGGCAUUGGGCAGUACUGGCCGUCAAGAACCAAGGCGUCUCGCCCUUGACCUAUGGGAAUGCUCCAGGACACCUAUCUAAGCUAGAGAUGUGGAGGGCCUACUAUCGCUUCAUGUCCGCCAUCCUGCAGAACAAGGAAGGAAUCGCUCACCACGUCCCCUUGGUACCUUCUGACUUGGCCAUUGAGUUGCGGCGCGUGGAGGCAUCUUACGAGAACGAACUAUUGCGCAACGUGCAAUUUCCCAAGGCCACCGAGUCGAACGCGGUCAUUGAGGGUUGGGUAGAAGAGUUCAUCCGCAAUUGGCAAAUUCUUUGCGGUCCCGGCUGGUCGGACUCCGAUCUGGGCGAAGGCGGUCGGAAUUCGUGGGGAAGGAAUGUUCUUGACGUGCUCUACAGAGCUGCAACGAAAUCAUUCCACUCCACGUUGGUUCUCAGGCGCUUGUUCCAGGUCCACAAAGCCCUGGCCGACUUCGACUUGGCGUACAAGGCUCUAGAGACUUAUGUCGAACUCAUCGACCGAGCUCGUGCACGUGCGGCAAAAUCAGAAAGCUCGCAAACUUCUGCCACCAGCAGAGAUAGCGACGAGGUUUUUAUGAAGACCAUUGCCGAAGGCAUUGAAGGGCUGUGCUCCUUUGGUGGGAGGGUCGAGGCAGAAAAGGCCCAUAAGCUCUGCGAGAAGCUUCAGGAUCUUCUAGACGAAAUCGAGCCUCCCAUUGAACAAAUCGCACCCAACGGCUUUGGAUCUGCUAAUGGGCACGCCAACGGCCAGAUGCCAUCGCCGGCACCUCUGUCAGCCGACUUGAUCGAUGUGACGUAUAGGGGAAUUGGCCUCGGAAAGGCGCACUGGGCACGAUGGACACCUUUCAGUGAGAACCGUACGACUUUGCAGUCCGAAGCCGUGGAAUACCUGCAAAAGGCUGCCGCGCAGGAUCUUCCUGCCCGUGAACACCUCCAAACACUCUUCGCUCUCGCUCGACUGCUCGCCGAAACGCGGGAGAUCGACCAGGCGCUUGCCGUGGUCAAGAGAGCCUUGUCUUCAGAAGUGGAGAAUGAUGAAGGAGACACCUCGUAUGGUUUACAGCGUCAGCUGAUGCCGUUCUGGCACCUGCUGGCUCUGUUACUAACCUCGCGACAACAGUUUGAAACAGCAAGUCAGAGUUGUGCGGCAGCAUUCGAGCAAUUUUCUCCUCCCGAAAUCAUGCUCGGUGACCCUGCCGGUGGCACACACCGCGCAACAAGCCAAAAACUAGGAUUAGUCGAUGACAUGGAAUGUGGGGAGCUGCAGAAAAUCAUCGAAAUCCGCAUUACCGAGCUGGCUCUGACCGAAUUGAUGGAGGGCCCUGAGCACGCAGUCAACAGCAGCAACGAUCUUCUUGCACUUUAUUCCCGGGUAUUUGGUCGCCACGGAGCAAUCGCCAUUAAUGAAGAAACUACGAGAAAAAAGUCCGUUGCACCCCCUAAGAGCUCUCAUGGCACCAUCAGAAGUCUUCCUAGCAAGCUCCUCCAUCGCAAAAGGCUGGGCCGGUCCAGCGAGUCCAACAAAGGUGCACCUUCCAUAGAGGAAGUCAGACCGAUUACCCAAGCAACGCAAACGACACAGGCGCCAACCAUCCAUGUCACGGAUGAAGACGAGAAGAGCUCUCCUCCGAAGCAUAAACUGUUCCAUCUCCACGAUCGCGAGAGUCGUUCUCCCCGUGCUCUUGAAAGUAAGCAUUCGAAAACGCGGCUCUCAAGAUCCUUGGGUCGAGGAAAGAGAGCACCCAGCCCGGCAUCGAGUACAAGACAGUCAUUCGAGUCGACGCACGAAACACAACCAGCAAACGCAAAUGGUGACGAGCGCCAACCCCACGCACGAUUAGAGACCAUCCAGUCCGCCGACGUCCCGGAGGUCCCAAUCUCACCCGACCAUGACACAAGCCCGACAGCGAAGCAACCCCUCAAAGAAAUCCCACACAACCUCUCCAGCCACGAGAAGGUACCACCGCCAGCAAACCACCGCAACCAGCCUCCCUCGCAAGACGUGCGUCUCCCCAUCGUGGGACCAGGGCUCCGGACAGAUCCCAUCCCGCGCUUCCCCAAAACCGUCUCCCAACGCCACGCGCUCAGCAUCCUCGUGAAAAUCUGGCUCGUCAUCGCGACGCUCUACAGACGGGCCCAUAUGUUUGAAGACUCGCGCGAAGCCACGGACGAGGCCGCCAAAGUCGCCAUGAAGAUCGAAGGGAUGAUCGCCGCCGUGGAAAGCUCCGCCCGGGCUUUUGGCGCCGUGGGCUGGGGCGGGGGCGGCAAGUCGUCCGACGAGCUCUGGGCCGACGUCUACUGCGAGCGCGCCGACCUUCUCAUGGCCAUCGCACGCGCGAGGGAGGAGAAAGAAGCCUGUCUGAACGCCGAGACCGUCCGCGACGCCGUCGAAAGUUACGAGCAAUGCCUAAUGUACUUUGCAGACCACCCGGGCGGGAUCGUCGGCCUGAGUAACGUGCUCCUCGAUUACUUUGAGCGGAAAGUCGAACUGGCGAAACGGAUCGAUAACGGCAGGCCACGGGGGGAUGAUGUCCAGCAGCAGCAAUCACAACAGCAAUCACAACAAGCAGUAGCAGUUGACGAACCGUCCACGUCCCGCCCGAAACACAAACGAGAAUGGUCACGCGCUUCGACCUUCCCAACCUCCACGGGCAUCGUAGCCGACACAGGCAUGGACCACUCCAACUCGCACAACUCGCACAACGGCGCAGGUGCGGCUCAAGACUCGUCCGAUCUUAAGAAGACGCCGGAGAACCUGAACCGCCUCGCGGCGCGCGAUCGGGCGUAUGGCCUGCUCUCCAGUCUCACGAAGUUAGGCUCGGGCUGGGAUAACGCUGAGGCGUGGUUCGCGCUGGCCCGCGCGCACGAGUUGGGCGGCGAGCUGGAGCGGGCCAAGGAGAUCCUGUGGUGGUGUGUCGAGUUGGAGGAUACGAGGCCGAUUCGGCAUUGGCGGAAUCUGGGGGGUGGAGGGGGGUAUGUUCUCUAA